CUUGGGGGUAAGCACUGCUCGAAUGCCCGGAGAUCUCCGGGAACGUUCGCACCGGAGACAACGCACGGCGGACCACGACGCGCACACGACCACUGUUGUUGUUGUUGUCGCUAAUGUUGUAAUAGCCGUUGCCGCCGUCACGUAAAAUUCGCCACACUCGUCGAAUUGGUUUUUGCUAUUUUUCCUAGAAAUCUUUAAUCAUCUAAUCCUUAAAAGUCGACCCAAAACACGCACGCAAGACGCCUUUGUUAUCAUAAAUUGUAUUUUUCCGGUCUGGUUUCUUAUUUCUGAUUUUCCGUUCGACCAUUAUGUAACUCGCCCACACCGACAACACAGACGACGACGUCCUUCUACGCGUCCGCUUGACGGCUCACCGGCGGGCUGCUGCUGAAGACGAGGACGAGGACGACGCCGAAGACGGUUAAGGCGGCGGCGGCGGCGAUGGUGACGGCGUGCUGCUGCUGCUACGACGACCACGCCGCCACGCCCGAGCCGCGAUGACCGGCCGCGCCGCGCACACGGUGACCACGACGGCAUGGCUUGUGGCCUGCGUCGCCUUUAUGGCGCCGAUGGCGCCGCCGGACGCGCACGCCGCGGCCCCUGGCGGUGGUAUGUUCGGUGACGUAAACAUAUCGGCGAUUCUCGAUUCGUUCAGUUUGAGCUAUGACAAAAGAGUAAGACCAAACUACGGAGGGCCCCCAGUAGAGGUCGGAGUCACCAUGUAUGUUCUCAGUAUAAGCUCCGUGUCCGAAGUACUAAUGGACUUCACGUUAGAUUUCUACUUCAGACAGUUCUGGACCGAUCCCCGGCUGGCGUUCACCAAGCGGCCGGGCGUCGAGACGCUGUCCGUGGGAUCGGAGUUCAUCAAGAACAUCUGGGUACCCGACACGUUCUUCGUCAAUGAGAAACAGUCGUACUUCCACAUAGCGACCACCAGCAACGAAUUCAUCCGGAUACACCAUUCAGGGAGCAUAACGCGGAGCAUUCGCUUGACGAUCACUGCGUCGUGUCCCAUGAACCUGCAGUACUUCCCGAUGGACCGACAGCUGUGUCACAUCGAAAUCGAGAGCUUUGGUUAUACGAUGAGAGACAUCCGGUAUAAGUGGAAUGAGGGACCAAACUCGGUGGGCGUGUCCAACGAAGUGUCCCUGCCUCAGUUUAAAGUGCUGGGACAUCGGCAGAGAGCUAUGGAAAUUAGCCUGACAACAGGUAACUAUUCGAGACUGGCUUGCGAGAUCCAAUUUGUGCGGUCCAUGGGCUACUAUCUAAUCCAAAUCUACAUACCCAGCGGACUGAUCGUCAUCAUAUCCUGGGUGAGCUUUUGGUUGAACCGGAAUGCCACGCCAGCCAGAGUGGCGUUGGGUGUCACCACCGUGCUGACCAUGACCACGCUCAUGUCGUCCACCAACGCAGCGCUGCCGAAGAUAUCGUACGUGAAAUCCAUCGACGUGUACCUGGGCACGUGUUUCGUCAUGGUGUUCGCCUCACUAUUGGAGUACGCCACCGUCGGGUACAUGGCAAAAAGGAUACAGAUGAGGAAAAAUCGUUUCCUGGCCAUUCAGAAGAUCGCCGAGCAGAAGAAGGGCGGCCACGACACACUCGGUCACGGGCACUCGCAUCAACAGCAGCGCUCCGGUCACGGCAACAUGUCCGGCCACAAUACGCUGUCCGGUCACAAUACGCUUUCCGGUCACAAUACGCUUUCCGGCCACAAUACCCUUUCCGGCCACAAUACGCUGUCACACGGCUUGUCGGGCCACGGUUUGCCACCUUCCCACGGGACAAUGGCCGGCCACGGUGGAUACGACACCCACCGGCACAGUCACAGCGGCCACGGUGGUCACGGCGGCACCUUGCCGAGCCAAAUCCUUCCUGGAGACAUGGACCACGCGCACAGACAAACGGAGGUGCGGUUCAAGGCCCACGAUCCAAAGAACUACCUCAAGGGCGGAUCUCUGGAGAACACCAUCAACGGCCGUGGGGACGACGAUUGCAACAUCACCCCGUUACCGCCGCAGCACGUCAUGCACCCGAGCAAGGACAUCAACAAGCUGUACGGCAUCACGCCCAGUGACAUCGACAAGUACUCGAGGAUCGUGUUCCCGGUGUGCUUCGUUUGCUUCAACCUUAUGUACUGGAUCAUCUACCUACACAUCAGCGACGUGGUGGCCGAUGACCUAGUACUGCUCCAGGCGGACAAGUAGACUUAUUCGCAGACUUUGCGCCUCAAAGACGACGAGGAAGCUACGAUAAUAUAUUAUAAUGUUAUAAUAUACUACAAUAAAAUAUAACAUUUUUAUCUAGGUUUAGUAUAAGAGCUCAACUACGAAAAAUACUGCAUCCCGAGUAUAUUAAAUUAUUAUUAUAUUAUUAUUAUUAUUAUUAUUAUUAUUAUUAUUAUUAUUAUUAUUAUAGUACCUAAUUGUA